GUUAUAUUAAUAUAACUGAGUCAGUGAUGAGAUAAUACAAGAAAAGAUAUCUCAAAAAGAGAGAAGUAGAGAGAAACGUUGAAUUUUGAGAAAACCAUCAUCAAUCAAAGAAGAAAUGGAGAAGCAAGGGCAAGUGUCAGCAAUGGAGGCAUUCGAGAAGUUGGAGAAGGUGGGAGAGGGAACGUACGGAAAGGUGUAUAGAGCAAGAGAGAGAGCGACUGGGAGAAUCGUGGCCCUAAAGAAGACUCGUCUCCACGAGGACGAUGAAGGCGUUCCUCCCACCACUCUCCGUGAGGUCUCCAUCUUGCGCAUGCUCUCUCGGGAUCCCCAUAUUGUCAGAUUGAUGGAUGUGAAACAAGGGCAAAACAAGCAAGGAAAGACGGUUCUCUACUUGGUCUUUGAGUACAUGGACACUGAUCUCAAGAAAUUCAUCCGCUCUUUUCGCCAAUCUGGAGACCACAUUCCUGUUAACACUGUCAAGAGCUUGAUGUACCAACUAUGCAAAGGUGUUGCUUUCUGCCACGGCCAUGGAGUUUUACACAGGGACCUUAAGCCUCACAAUCUCCUCAUGGAUAGAAAGACCAUGACGCUUAAAAUAGCUGAUCUUGGCCUCGCUCGUGCUUUUACUCUUCCCAUUAAGAAGUACACUCACGAGAUAUUGACACUCUGGUAUAGAGCACCUGAAGUCCUUUUGGGGGCUACUCAUUACUCAACUGCUGUGGAUAUGUGGUCUGUGGCCUGCAUAUUUGCCGAGCUGGUCACCAAACAAGCCCUAUUCCCUGGAGAUUCUGAACUGCAGCAGCUUCUUCAUAUUUUCAGGUUGUUGGGUACUCCAAAUGAGCAAGUGUGGCCAGGAGUCAGCUCACUACCAAACUGGCAUGAGUACCCCCAGUGGAGCCCUCAGAGUCUGUCAUCAGUUGUUCCUGAUCUGGAUAGCGAUGGGCUGCAUCUCUUAUCGCAAAUGUUGCAAUAUGAUCCCUCAAAGCGUAUUUCAGCCAAAAAAGCUAUGGAACAUCCUUACUUUGCCGAUCUCAACAAGGCUUAUCUUUGAACUGCACAGGGGGACAGGGAGAUGCGUUGUAGAAACCUAUCUGCUUCUCUCAAGCAUCAUAGUAGUAGUGUCUUCUGUGAGCUUUUGUGAUUUGUUGCUUGCCGAUAUCAACAAGGCUUAUCUUUGAACUGCACCGGGGGACAGGGAGAUGCGUUGUAGAAACCUAUCUGCUUCUCUCAAGCAUCAUAGUACUAGUGUCUUCUGUGAACUUUUGUGAUUUGUUGCUUGCUGAAAUAUGUAGGAACCUUAUCGGUUAUCCCUCAAAUUCUUUGUUUGCUGAAAUUUACUUUUGAAGGUCUCAUUCUCGUUCUCUGUUAACAGUAGGCAUCCAUAGCGUUAACAUUUUGAGGCCCAAGACGGUUACAAAUUGAUGUGAAUAAGAAUCAAUUGUAGUUUUUCUUUGAAAAAAAGAAAAAAAACGAAACAUCAGUUUUUUAUACAUGUAUUCAUUGCUUAAAUGCUAACAAUUACAAAUCAGUUCUUGACAAAUCACCACACCUAUAUAGUCCACCAACAGCUUCUGUUAGCCCCAUAAAAAAUUGACCUUGUCCAUGUCAGAUGGUGGCGCUUUCCACUUUCCUUGCUCCCUGGGUCGUGUUUCUUUAGACUGUUGACCUCCCCGGAAUUCCUCCAAAUAACUGAUAGCAAACCUGCUGUUGUAUUAGCAUUCCUCCAUUCAUUGUUUUUAACUUCCUACUAUGCCAGAUAGCCCAC